UAAUAAGAGCAUCUACAAGAAGACCCAAGAUGACAGGCCUUGGCUCACCAUGUGGCGCGUGCAAGUUCCUGCGCAGGAAGUGUGUGAAGGGGUGUGUCUUCGCCCCAUACUUCUGUCAUGAGCAAGGUGCUGCACACUUUGCCGCAAUCCAUAAGGUCUUUGGGGCUAGCAAUGCCUCAAAGCUCCUAAUGCAUCUCCCGAUAAGUGACCGCUGCGAGGCUGCAGUUACUAUGUCAUAUGAGGCGCAGGCCAGGCUUCAAGAUCCAAUAUAUGGCUGUGUUGCUCAUAUCUUUUCUCUGCAACAACAGGUGGUCAGUCUGCAAGCAGAACUAGAGUCUUUCAAAGCUCAAGCACAAGGGUAUAAAGAUGGAUCUUUAACAUCAAACCCUCAAAAAGAAAGUUGCGAAAGAUUAACACCUUGUAUGCAAGAUGGGCAACUCUUUUUCCACCAAACAAUGGCAAGCAAUUCUUCAGUAAAGAGUGAGAGUCAGCUAUACUUUGCAAAUGACUGUUUCAAUUCAGAGUCAGCUCAAUAUUCUGAAGGUUAUGAGCCAGAUUUAUGCAUGCCCGACUACAACCACAGCAAUCCUUCUUGCAACAUGAAAGGGAUUCGGUAUCAUGACAUGAACGACCUUCAGUCACAGUCAGUAGCCUCUACCUAUUUAAAUGAAGCAUGACAAUACGACGCAUUUGGUAGCUAUUGUACAAGUUCGAACAGUUUUGGUAACAUUUUACAGAUGUCGAUCAAGUUUUCUAGCAUGGCAUUGAGUUACUGAAGCAAACUGUGUGAUGAUAUAGUCAUAAAGUACCUAAAAUGUCAGGCAGCACUAUUGUAGUUUAGACUUCAUAGUUUCCACAAUGCUGAUGUUCAAAUUAAAUUGAAGUUGGUUUUUUAAUUAAAAAUCAUCAUUUAUUGCAAGCUAAAUACAGCAUUGAAGGAAAAAAAAAGACAAUAACGGUGCUGCAUUUUGGUUUGUUAUGUGUAAAUCAGAUGGUUCUUCAGUGAAGAAAUGCAAUUUUGGUUCUUGUAAAACCCGCUAAACUGAAUAUUUCUUGGACUCUGGAAGCAAGUAUUUUUAGCCAUUUCUUAUCCUUUUUUUCGAAGAUAACAGUGCUUGUAAUAAAUUAUGGUUAGAUGGACUGAAGAAUCAAGAACAUUACCUCUACCGGAAGAAAGGGGAACUGAAGGUGGACUCAGUUUUUUUCUGAAUAAAGGCUUCACAUGAAAGCUACUAUAACACCAUGUGCGCUAGUCAUAAUGCUUGAUAGGAUCACUGAAAA